AACGUGGGAAACCAGUCUCUCGGCAGCUCUCGACCGCGGUGGAUCAAGUUCCGAACUGUGCACAGCGCCCCCUCGUGAGGAAUAACUACGAAGUUGAAUCUCUUGGCAACAGAUAACAAGAAGAACAAGGCAGAGUGGAUGUAGAUAUCUGCGGAGUCCGAAGACAUCAGGGCAAGGCAGGAAGAACAAGGACGGGAAAAGACACUCAUUUGUGAGCACGUAUUUUGACCGGUGUUUGGAUGAUCGUAGUGAACAGGUCGUGAAUAUCUCGCUCCUAUUGAACUUUAGUGCACAUUGAGGAAAGAUGGCCCCAACGGCUACCAGUAGCGAUUGGUUGGGACUGUUCAACGAUAAGCAACCGUUGGUCUUUUUCGUUAAUGGAAAGAAGGUCGUCGAGCCCAAUCCGGAUCCAGUAUGCACUCUGCUAGUCUACCUUCGGGACAAACUCCGUCUCUGCGGAACCAAGCUGGGCUGUGCCGAAGGAGGAUGCGGUGCUUGUACGGUAAUGGUGUCAAGAAUCGAUCGCUCCACCAACCGGAUUCAUAACCUUGCUGCCAACGCGUGCCUUACGCCGGUAUGCGCUGUCCAUGGAAUGGCCGUUACUACGGUAGAAGGAAUCGGAAGCACUCGUACUCGUCUCCACCCGGUACAGGAACGUCUAGCGAAAGCUCACGGAUCACAGUGUGGUUUCUGUACCCCGGGAAUAGUAAUGUCCAUGUAUGCUUUGCUGAGAAGUUCGCCCGUGCCGUCGAUGAAGGAAAUGGAAGUGGCCUUCCAGGGAAACCUAUGUCGAUGCACCGGAUACAGGCCAAUCAUUGAAGGCUACAAGACUUUUACGCAAGAAUUCGGAAAUGCUCAAAAUGGGGUUUGCGCAAUGGGUGACAAAUGUUGUAAGAAUAGUUCCAACGGUUGCGGUGUAGAAGUCGAUGAUAAGCUGUUCGAUGCCAGCGAAUUUGCGCCUUUCGAUCCAUCGCAAGAACCGAUUUUCCCUCCAGAGCUGAAACUGUCCGACUCGUUGGAUGCAGAUUCACUAGUUUUCCAAUCCGGCACCACCCGUUGGUAUCGCCCCACUAAGCUAGACCAUUUGCUGCUCAUCAAGAAGCGGUAUCCCGAUGCGAAACUUAUCGUCGGAAAUACAGAAGUGGGUGUUGAGGUGAAGUUCAAGAACAUGGAAUAUCCGGUACUGGUAUAUCCAACACAGAUCAAAGAGCUUACUGGAGUUGAAAAGCUUGAACGAGGAUUAAAGGUCGGCUCUUCUGUUACUUUGGUGGAGAUGGAACGGGUGUUGCGGGAAGAAAUUAGUGCGCUUCCUGAAUGUGAAUCAAGAUUGUAUAAAGCAAUCGUGGAUAUGCUGCAUUGGUUCGCCGGGAAACAAAUCCGAAACAUGGCUUCGGUGGGUGGAAACAUCAUGACUGGUAGCCCUAUCUCCGAUUUGAAUCCGAUUUUCACAGCCGCUGGUAUUGAAUUGGAAGUAGCCAGCCUCGAUGGCGGAGUUCGGAAGGUACACAUGGGUGAUGGAUUCUUUACUGGCUAUCGAAGAAAUAUUAUUCGUCCUGAAGAAAUACUCGUUUCGCUUUUUAUUCCGAAAACGAACUCGGAUCAACACUUUAUUGCCUACAAACAAGCCAAAAGACGCGAUGAUGAUAUCGCUAUUGUAAACGGUGCGUUUAAUAUAACCUUCAAACCAGGGACUGACAUCGUAGCACAGGCUCAUCUAUCCUUUGGCGGUAUGGCUCCAACAACUGUACUUGCCAAAAGAACUGGGGAAGCCCUGGUUGGUAAGAAGUGGGACAGCACACUGGUCGAACUAGCCAAUGAUAUGAUGGUUGAAGAACUUCCUCUCAGCCCCAGUGCUCCAGGAGGAAUGAUCCUCUACCGUAGAUCGCUAACACUAAGUUUGUUCUUCAAGGCCUAUUUGUCCAUUAGCGACGUACUCUCGCGUACGGUUCCCAACCACGAACCCGUAGAAGAUCGCGAACGAAGUGGAGCUGAAACAUUCCAUACUUUGAUUCCUAAAAGUGCCCAACUUUUCGAAAAGGUAUCCAGUGAUCAGCCGAACCAUGAUCCAAUCCGUAGACCAAAGGUUCACGCAUCCGCAUUUAAGCAAGUUACCGGUGAAGCUAUUUACUGCGACGACAUACCAAAAUACAGUAAUGAGCUUUACCUCACCUUGGUAACAAGCACUAAGGCACACGCGAAAAUCAUCUCGAUCGACUCUUCGGAGGCCUUGGCAAUGGAAGGUGUUCAUCAAUUCUUCACUGCAGCAGACCUCACCGAAGACCAAAAUGCUUGCGGACCUGUAUUCCAUGACGAGUUCGUGUUCUGGAAAGAUCUGGUUACCAGUCAAGGUCAGAUCAUCGGAGCUAUUGUGGCAGAUAGUCAGGCGAUUUCUCAGAAAGCAGCUCGGAAGGUUAAGGUGACAUAUGAGGAUCUGACUCCGAUCAUUGUUACGCUCGAGGAUGCUAUCAAGAAGGAGUCAUUCUACCCGGGAUAUCCGAAGAGCAUUAUUCAAGGAGAUAUAGAGAAGGGAUUUCAACAAGCAAAGCAUAUCGUCGAAGGGGACUGCCGAAUGGGCGGACAGGAGCAUUUCUACUUGGAGACACAGGCUUGCGUUGCUGUACCUAAGGAUUCAGAUGAGAUAGAGGUGUUCACCUCUUCACAGCAUCCGAGUGAGAUUCAGCAGCAUGUAGCGCAUGCGUUGGGAAUUCCUUCUUGCAAGGUGGUCUCUCGUGUCAAGCGACUGGGUGGUGGGUUUGGUGGCAAGGAAUCGCGCGCAGCUUUGGUCGCUAUUCCGGUGGCACUGGCAGCUUACAGACUACGACGUCCGGUGCGUUGUAUGUUGGAUCGCGAUGAAGACAUGCAGAUUACCGGCACUCGUCAUCCUUUCUACUUUACUUACAAGGUGGGCGUCGAUGAACAUGGCAAGGUUUUGGCAGCUGACUUCAAGGCGUACAAUAACGCUGGCUAUUCUAUGGAUUUGUCAUUCUCGAUUCUCGAGAGGUCCAUGUUCCACAUACAGAAUGCGUAUAAAAUUCCAAACUUGCGAGUUCAGGGUUGGGUUUGCAAGACUAAUCUUCCGUCGAAUACGGCAUUUCGAGGUUUUGGAGGUCCUCAGGGUAUGUUGGCUGGAGAGACUAUGAUGAGGCAUGUGGCACGAGUGCUCAAUCGAGAUUAUGUUGAGCUAGCCGAGCUGAACAUGUACCAGGAAGGCGACAAGACACACUACAAUGAAUUGAUUGAGAACUGCAAUGUUCGAAGAUGUUGGCAGGAGAUGAUCGUGUCAUCGGAUUUCAAGGACCGACGUGUGAUGAUUGAAAGGUUCAACACGGAACAUCGUUGGCGUAAGCGCGGCAUCAGCGUAGUCCCUACGAUGUUUGGAAUUGCUUUUACGGCUGUACAUUUGAAUCAAUCUGGUGCUCUUAUCCACGUCUAUCAAGAUGGUGCAAUUCUGUUGUCCCACGGUGGAACCGAGAUGGGUCAAGGCUUACACACCAAGAUGAUUCAAGUUGCAGCCACCACUCUGAAAGUACCCUUCGAGACUAUUCAUAUUUCGGAAACAUCUACGGACAAGGUUCCCAAUACUCCAGCGACAGCCGCCAGUGCUGGUUCUGAUCUGAAUGGAAUGGCAGUUAUGAACGCCUGUAAAAUCAUCAACGAGCGUCUGGAGCCCUAUAAGAAGCAAUAUCCCGACAAAGACUGGAAAUUCUGGGUUAACAAGGCUUAUUUUGAUCGAGUAUCGCUCUCAGCUACCGGUUUCUACGCUACACCGAAUAUUGGCUACGACUUUGCUACCAACUCUGGUAACCCUUUCAACUAUUUCACGUUUGGUGCCGCAUGUUCGGAAGUGGAAAUCGACUGUCUUACCGGUGAUCACCAAGUUAUCCGAACGGAUAUUGUGAUGGACCUUGGAUCCAGCAUCAACCCGGCAAUUGACAUUGGACAAAUCGAGGGAGGUUUCAUGCAAGGAUACGGACUGUUCACGUUGGAAGAGAUGGUGUACUCGCCAACCGGAACGACUUAUUCUCGAGGUCCGGGAGUAUACAAAAUUCCCGGUUUCGCCGACAUUCCUGGGGAGUUCAACGUUUCCCUUCUAACGGGAGCCCCGAACCCAAGGGCCGUAUACUCAUCGAAGGCUGUCGGUGAACCUCCACUAUUCUUGGCCUCUUCAACGUUCUUUGCCAUUCGGAACGCGAUCAGUGCUGCCCGGGCGGAGGAAAGCUUGAACGAUGACUUCAACUUGGUUUCACCCGCAACCUCGUCCAGGAUUCGAAUGGCUUGUCAGGAUAAAUUUACACAGAAGUUCGUUGAAUCAACACCGGGCUCGUUUACACCAUGGAAUGUCAUGCCCUGAUAUUGCAAUGACCAUUACUUGUUGGGACACAUAGUUUAAUGAGAUUAUAAUUGUAUAUUUUGGAAAAAUACAGUUUUAAAUACAGA